AUGAGAAAACAACCUCUGGAAUUUCCUCCUGCCUUCUAUAGAGAGCCAGGCCUGGUUUAUUAUCAGCCAGACCCUGGAUGCUAUAGCCACAAAAAGCAGCCACAAGUUUCUGUUGCUGAAAGUUCUUUGCCUAAAUAUUUGAAGAGAGGGAAGUCCAUCAUCCCUCGAGAAGAAUGUCAUGCAGAUCUGGAGGAGAAAGUGCCAUUCUCUUUCAAAAUAUUGGAGGAAAGGUUACCCAAAGGGUACCGACCCCCUGCUAUCGGGGAGUAUGAUGGCAGCAAAGAUCUUGAAGACCACCUCCGCAAAUUCAGGAACGCGGCUCUGCUACAUCAAUACAAUGACGUCGUUAAGUGCCGAGUGUUCUUGAACACUCUAUCGGGCUUUGCCCAAAAUUGGUUCGAUGGACUGCCGCAUGGGUCCAUCACCUGCUUCUCCGAUUUCAAGAUUGCUUUCCUACGCCAUUUCAUGAUCAGCAGGAAGUAUCAAAAAACUUGCCACUGCUUGUUCGCUCUCAAGCAAGGAUCCGCCAAGCCGCUAAGAAGUUAUAUUAAGCGUUUUAAUCAAGUGGCUCAGGACGUUCCCUUGGCCACAUCAGAAAUACUUAUGAGUGCAUUCUCCCAUGGGUUGACUGAGGGGGAAUUCUUUAGGGAUCUCAUUAGAAAUCCUGUGAAGAAUUUCGAUGAGAUGCUGGAGAAGGCGGCCAGCUACAUUAAUGUGGAGGAAGCACAGACGGCGAGAAGGAAGGCAGAUAAACUGCCUCCACCUACUAACAGACUGGAAAGAAGAGCACCUCAACUGCCUGCACAACCUCUAUCGCGUGGUCGGGAAGCCCGACCUACCUCCCCCCCCCUGCCAAGACUUUCGGCCGAGCCCGCCGAUUGUGUUCAUUUCGCUCGAGACUCCCGUCGUGUUGCUGAGCUGGGCCUACCACCUCCAGAGCUGGCUCCUCAGGUCCAAAGAAUGAUAGAGGAGAGACGUAACUUGGCGGGGCAAGCAGGGAGACCCCGAGUAGAUCAGGGAGGACCUAAAAUGUCGCAACAAGGGCACACUGGGGAGCCAGGAGAAGCUCGUGAGGCUGAGAACAGGGGCAACGUGGUCAUCCGAGACAUUGGCAUAAUCUCUGGAGGACCCAUCGAUGGAGAUUCAGGUAGGGCGCGUAAAUCCCAUGAGCGCCGGUUGGAGAUCCAUGCUGUGGGAUGUAGCCGGGAGCAGGCUGCUGGCCCUGUCAUCAGUUUUGGGCCGCAAGACCUGGAGGGAUUAGAGUUGCCCCAUGACGACACCCUCAUCAUUAAGGUUGUUAUCGCCAAUAGUCGUGUGGUUAGAGUCUUCGUUGACAUCGACAGCUUUGUCAACGUCUUAUUCAGGUCUGCUUUUGAAGAGUUGCAGAUCGACUCCAGCGAGCUCCAGCUAGUAGCCACUUCUCUAUAUGGUUUUACCGGCAAUGAGGUAAGACCUAUGGGCCAGAUCAAGUUGGUCAUAUCCUUGGGAAGCGAGCCACUAGUAAGUACCAGGAGGAGCACCUUUAUCGUGGUAGACUCGCCCUCCUCUUACAAUGUUAUUCUAGGCCGACCAACCCUGAAUGAAUUCAGGGCUGCCGUCUCCACCUUCCACCAGAAGAUCAAGUUCCCCGUGGGAGAGCAGGUCGGCGAAGUUAGAGGGGAGCAGUGGGUUUCUCAACGAUGCUAUCUUGACAUGGUCAAGAUUGAGGCUCGCAAGGCGUAG